UACUUAAGUACGUUGUAUUUGAAUCGUAUGUGUUUAGUACAAACGUACACGCGCUUAAGUAACAGUGAAGCAGGUCUGUCUUUAUUACAACAAUCACUCGCGAUCAUACAUCGCGCUCAACGUCUUAAUUAUUAUCGCGCCAAAUUUAUAUUCGUAGUGUAAUAAAGAAUUUUUUUUUUAUAAAGUGUUAAUUUUUUAAAUAAAGUGAGUUAAAGUUUUUUAUUAUUAUUCUUUAAUUUUGGUCCCUAUUUAAAUGCAGCUGUGAAAGUGAAGAAUUUUUAAAAAUUAUUUUUAUAAAUAUAUUUAUACUAUUUAUAAGGCCGUGGGAAGAUUUUGUUUUUGGUGUUAUUGAAUUUGAAUACAAAUAAAUAGAUUUAGUGCUGUUUUUCUCGAAAUAAAAAAGAAUCAAAUAAAAAUGGUUUUAUUGGAAGAACAAAAUCGAAAAUCAAUGCACAAUAACAAACAAAAUAUGAGAACAACAUGUUCACCAUAUACAACAAUAGAAGCAGUCCGACAAUGUUAUCGAAACAAACAGAAAAUGAAUGCGUAUUUAAUAGCAAUUUUGGUUACAUUUUUAUUAAUCGAUAUAAGUGAUGCCUGUUCGUGUAGUUUUGAUCAUCCACAGUUCCAUGCGUGCAAAGCUGAUUUUGUUAUUGCUGCUACAUUCCAAAGAUCAUCCAAAAUAAGUGAAUAUGAAGUAGCCUACAAAUUUCGACUACGAAAGAUUUUUAAAGCAUCACCUGAAGCUGAAGCUUUAUUAAAAUAUGGAAAAAUUUUAGCGCCUUCUGAGGAAUCGAUGUGUGGUUUAUAUAAGGAUACGUUUGAACCAAAACAAACUUAUCUAGUUACUGGCCGUGUUUCAUAUGGUAGAGAAAACUUUAAUAGUCAUAUUUGUACAGUGCCACAUACCAAAUUAUUACAUGAAAAAAAUUAUAAGCAAGCGCACAUUGAAAAAUAUAUAAAACAGCACGGAUGCCAAUGCGAGAUAUCCAAACGAUCCCGACGAAAGUUUACCUUUAGAGGUUUGCAGCCAAUCAACAAAACCGAAUCUUUAUGCCAUAUUGAAAAAUAUGGUGAGAAACAAAUUGUAAGAGGUACAGUCAAAACAAUGAAGUUAGUUAUGAAUUUGUGUAACUAUAAUCGUAAAUGGCAACAUCUUACUAAGCGACAACAGAAAGGCUUCAAAAAGCUGUACUAUUAUGGAUGUGACUGCGAGUUGGAAAAAACAAACUCAAAACCAGAGUCAGAACAAAGUAAACUUGGUUGUCCAUAUUCCAUAUCAUCCGUGUGUACACUAAGAAACGGUAUAUGUAUGCCAGAUAAAAAUGGCCUAUGUAAUUGGUCACAAAGUAUUUCCCAAGAAGAAUGUUGGGAAGAAUGGAGAGCAUCAAAGAGAGAUCAAACCAAAAUAUCAGAUAUCAUGUAACCACGAAUAUAAUUGAUAUUUUUGGAACAAAAUCAUUUCUUGUUAAUAUUUUUUAAAUGGGGUGAGCUGAGGGGAGUAUACACCAUGACCAAACAUGAUAUUAAGUAUAUUUUAAAAUUUAUUUUAACCUGAACACAAAUUAAAUAUAAUGCAAAAUUUGGAUUUUAAGCACUUUAUUUUACAUGUGUAGAAUAUGUUUCUAACGUUUGGUGCAUUCUUCCUGACACACCAUGUAUUAUUAAUUAUAUGUAUAAUUAUUAUUUGUUAUAUUUAUUAUUAUUAUAAAAAUAAAAAAUAACUUUUAACAAACAAAAAUAAUAUUAAUUUUUAGGCUCUCUGUUAUCAGGUAGGAAGGAUGUGUACAUAGAGCUUUCGAAAAUAAAGGAAAGUCUCUUGGAUUAAGAACCAGCCCAGAAAACUUCGUUUAAUUUACUAAAGCUGAUAAUUUGAGCAUUGGUUAUAGUAGUUGUGUUCACACACAUACUGCGGUCAGCCAAGCGAACGAUAGAACAGGGUUCAGAUAAAUGCUAUCGAAACUGUUAAGUUUUACGUGAUACUAAAAUGAGUUUACUAAACCUGAAUAUUGUAAUACAGAUUUUAUAUUGCAUAUAAAUAACAGUUUUGAUUGUCAGUCAGUUAGGGGUUAGAACAGGGCUGGUCAGUCAGCCCUUAUUUAUGAACAAAAUAUACAUCAGAUUCAUUUAUGAUUUCUGUAGUAUUUAAAUGAAUUUAUUAAAGCUAUUAUACAGCUUUUAUAUAUUGCAUAUAGAUAACAGUAAUAUCAGUCAGUCCAUCAAAUGUUAGAACAGGCCUGAUCAGUCGGCUCUUAUUUAUGUUUAUAAGGGCUGACUGACAAUCCCUGUUCUAACACCUAACUAACUGACAAUCAUAACUGUUAUUUAUAUGUAAUAUACAAUCUGUAUAACAAAAUUCAACUUUAGUAAAUUCAUUUUAGUAUCACAUAAAACUUAACCGUUUCGAUCGCAUAUAUCUGACUCGCUUGACUGACCGCAGUAUGUUUGUACACAAUUACUAUAACCAAACCUCAAAUGAUCAACUCUAGUUAAUUCAACGAAUUUUUUUGGCCUGGCUCUUCCAUUAUCUUAUAGUUAAUAAAAGUACAGUGUUAAAAAUAGAUAGCCUUGUAAAUAAGCACAAAUUUUAAUGAAUUCAAGAUGGCCUUGAAGUAAAGCAUUAUUCAAGUAUGGCCAUUAUCUAAAUUCUGUAUGAUUUUCUUAUUUUAAAUUAAUAUCAUUAGCUAUUUUUGGUCCAUACUGCAUUUUAAAAUGACCAGUGACUUUUAAUCACCUUCUAGUUUUGUAGCUAUUUCUUUUUUUACAUUGCAGAAAU